AUGUGCGGGGGGUUGAAACUCAACCGCAGAACCUCUACCUUCCCACGAUUCAAAACCAGCUUUACGCAUCGCGCGUCUGAAAUCCUUCCAGCUGACAGUGCCGAGGUCUUGGUCACCAUCUGGAUCAGAGUACAUAGAGGUGAAAACGAUCAGUGUCUUUAUAUCGACUUUGAUUCGCAGCUCGGUCCUCUUUGCGUCAACUUUUCGACCGCUGAGACAACUGGUACUGCUUGUACCGUAUUACCCGCUUGCGUUGGAGCUACCGUUUGUGUCUUCGUCUUCUCUUUAUUGUGCGGGGCUUGA